AUGGAGCGAGCGCUAACAUACACUCUGGCUACCGAGCAGGGCGGAGAGUCAGACCCAGUCUUCACAACUGGUCUCUGCUUAUUGUCUAUUGAUGGCGGCGGAGUUCGCGGUCUCUCAACGCUGUACAUUCUAAAGGGCCUUAUGGACCGACUAAAUCAGACACGUAGAGCUAGCAGCCUCGCUCGUAUGAAACCAUACGAAGUCUUUGACCUUAUCGGAGGCACUGGCACAGGAUGGCUUAUCGCUAUUAUGCUUGGCCAGCUUCAGAUGGACAUAGAUGAGUGCAUUUCAGCAUACAACAAGCUGAUGAAAGUCGUCUUCGUCUGCUCCGUUGCGAAGGAAAUCACCGGCGUCACGCGCUUGAGGAGCUACACCCUACCUGACGAGCGCAAUAUCCCUACUACGACCUGCGAGGCAGCCCUUGCGACUGCAAACAAUCCUGUUGAUGAGACGGGGGAUCUAAAGCCUUUAGUUAAAUGCUUUGUCUCGAUUGGGACAGGGAAUCCUGGCAAAAAGGUGAUUGAGGAUAACAUGCUCAAGUUCCUCUCGAAAACGCUAGUUCGGAUCGCGACUGAGACGGAUGUAGAAAGGAAGUUCGUAGCUCGAUGGGCAAAACAUUUUGACAAAAAAUGUUAUUUCCGUUUUAAUGUUGAGCAGGGACUUCAAGAAACUCAGAAGUUCCGUGUGCGUGACUGUACUCAGAACCUGAAACAGAAGCAAAGUGGGUACAUCGAAUACUUCGCCAAACAAACUAAUCGCUAUUCACAGGCUGACAUGAGCGUUCUUUUUACGAAAGACCAACCACAGAAGCUUGCAAUCGCCGGACUAGGAGGCGUCGGCAAGACCCAGGUUGCACUCGAGCUAGCCUACCGAACGAGAGAAAGGUACUCAGAAUGCUCGAUUUUCUGGCUGUUGGCCACGAACCCCGACCGCCUGUACCAAGCAUAUCUCGACGCAGAUGUAGAGCAGCUCGUACAGCAUUACUUGAGCAAGGGGGGCUCGGGCCGUUGGCUGGUGAUAUUCGACAAUGCUGACGAUAUGGACCUAUGGCUACCUAGAAGUGAGAACUCCUGUAGCUUGAUGGACUGCUUACCGAGGAGCCAUCAAGGGUGUAUCAUUUUCACCACACGGAAUCGGAAGAUCGCUGUCACAUUCGCACAGUCAAACGUGAUUGAGAUUUCGGAGAUGGACGACAAGGCGGCAAUGCAGCUGCUCAGUGAAUCCUUGAUCAACCAGAAUCUCCUCAACUAUCGCCAGGACGCGCUCAAGUUACUGGAACAACUUACGUUCCUUCCCUUCGCCAUCCUGCAGGCAGCCGCAUACAUCAAUAAGAACGGAACCUAUGUUGUGGAUCUCCUCAGCGACGACUUUGAGGACGAAGGGAGAUAUAAGGAGGUCAAGAAUCCGGUUGCAACUACAUGGCUGUACUUGUCAUUUAUAUCGUGUGUAGACCCAAAGGAUGUACCACAGUCGCUACUUCCUCUGGCAAAGUUUCGGAAGGAGAUGGUGGAUUCCAUCGGAACUCUUACCGGGUAUGGUUUCGUGACAAGGCGGGCGGAUGGGGAGCUCGACCUGCAUCAGCUGGUCCACCUUGCUACCCGAAACAAGCUACGAGGAAGUGGCCAGCUUGCGGCGGUAUCGGCACGGGUAGUAGGACAACUAGAAGAGGUUUCCCCGACCAACGAUCACAGUAAUAGAAAGACUUGGAGGACGUACUUACCCCACGCGCAAUAUCUCUUUCAGUCAGGAGUGCUUCCAAGAAGCAGUGGAGAUAGACUUGGGCUACUUGAGAAAGUGGGGUUGUCUUGGGGAGAGCCAUCUAGACACGCUGACCAGCAUGGGAAACCUAGCGUCGACGUACUGGAAUUAGGGGCGAUGGAAAGAGGCUGA